GCGUCACGUUAUACGCCACUGUUUCGUCAUCUGACCUCUGAUUCACCAUAACAAGCAGAAACUGACUGUAUUUAUUUGUCUAUCAGAAGUCAAAUCGAUAGGAGGACAUUAAUAAUUAAUAAUUGAAUUUCAUAAAAAACGUGGAAUUAAUUCAAAGAAAGUUUUGUCAAAAUGGCUCUGAAUUCGGCCCAUUUUGAGGGUGGUGUGCUUAUCCAUCAAGGAGAAAUGAUUCUAUUGCACGCUCCAAAUUCGCAGAUCUCAUUUUCUGGAAACGACGAACUAAAGUUCGGAGAGAAGUCUGGAAAUGCCUACUUGACGACGCAUCGCUUAAUCUUUCUCGUAGGAAAGGGGUCAACCUCAUUCAAAUCGUUCUCAUUCCCAUUCGUCUGUUUGUCCGAAGUUGAUGUGGAGCAACCCGUGUUUGGAUCAAAUUUCCUCAAGGGGAAAGUUCGAAGUCAACCGGAUGGAGGUUGGAGAGGCGAAGCCAAGUUCAAGAUGGUCUUUAAGUCAGGCGGAGCUAUUGAUUUCGCCCAAGGAAUGGUUAUGGCGAUGAGAAUCGCGAAACAAAUGAAUGCACAAAGUGCAGCAUGGAAUAAUCCUCCUCCAUCUUACACCCAAGCCACUGCGCCGGGAGCUUAUCAUCAAGCACCACCAAACUAUUACAGCGCUCCUCAGACUAUGUAUGGUUGGAUGCCUCCGUCAUAUAACUUUCCUGCUCCUCAGGCUGGAACCAUUUUCAUCAAUGAUGCACCACCGCCUUAUCCAGGAAUGGCCCCACAAGGACAAUACUACCAACAACCGCCUGCAGCCAAUGGAUUUGGUUAUCCGCAACAAGAAUAUGCAGCUUAUCCACCUCAACAACCACCGAUGACUGCAGCUCCUCCCGCUGGAUUCGCUUACCCACCUCAAAAUGGAUAUGCUUAUGCUAAUGGAAACCAAGCGUUUGUUCCAGCAUCUGCAUCCGCCCCACCGCCCACGUAUGAUGAAGCAAGCAAGAAAACCAACUAAGCUAAGGCUGAAGAAAAGAAAUAUGAAUACGCUAGAUACCUGACCAUCUCCCUAAAUCUGGAAUACAUAAUUUCAUUUACUCAAGUAAUUAAGAAUAGUGUUGAGUUUUAUAAUCAUGAAUCUGGAUAAUAUUGUAUCAUAAUUAUUUCUAAAAGCCGGACGUAAUGACAAAUAAGUAUAAUUUACAAGAUUUUAGUUUUAGAUUGAUGAACGAUUGAAUAAGGUACGUCCGCCUUGAACGGUCUAGCAACUAUUCACGAACCAGAAUUAUACAGAUAUUGACAUCAGUUUUUGGUAACGCAUUCCAUGAAUAUUAUUCUAUCUGAUUUUGGACUCUAUAGUAUUUCUCAUGCUAAUCUUUCUAUUUAAAGGUGCUAAUUAAUUUUAAACGUAUCUUCACUUUCGCACGCUUGUAUUGUCUUGUAGUUGAACAUGCAUGUAGUAGAAAUCAAUGCAACAAUCAAAUUAUAAGUAAGAAUAAAAAUUCCUGACUUAAUUCAUUAUGAGAAAA